GUGCUUAUAGACCGGCUCUGACAAGCCGUCAGAACCGCAGCGGAACUUCCUGUCAUAUCUAGCAGCUAUCACAGGAAGAUAGUUAGGCACUGUUUUUCUCUUUCUGGAUCAUUUUGGCCAAAAAUAAGUGCAAAAGUGAGGAACUAUACAUUGGAAACAGGCAGUGCAGCACAAACAAGGGAAAAAUGACUAGUUACUAAUUACUCAGAUCAGUGGAGAGAGUAGCUCACCCGAAUAAGUAGCUCAGAGUUACUGAACAACUAGGAGCCAGAGAGAGAGAGAGAGAGAGAGAGACACCGAGAGACCGAGACACCCCGGGACGCCCCUGUUGCUAAGCUGCAUGCCCUCUGUAACUUGGGAACAGAAAGGGCGAUGUAAACACGCUGGGCUGGGCGUAUCGAAUGUCUUUUUGGAGUUAUGACUCGGUCUGUUCGCUUUUCUCCGGUGGAGUCCGCAGCUCCCCGGUGACGGUGGGUUCCUCUGGGCUCCUCUGGGCUCCACUGGGCUCGCACAGCACAGGCACUCCGACCAAGUUCAUUACAGCGGGCCGUCUGAGUGGAAAUAGCCGCCUGUAAGAGCAGCAGGUCGAUUCUCAGCGCUCUUCACUCACAGUGUUUUGGGACGUUUUGGUAAAAGCUAAAGUUUUUAUUUUUUAAAUGCGAACUAAUUAAAACUGCCGUUGUCAAAGUAACCAAACUGCCUCGAGCGCUUAUAGAGCGCGUUCGUGUUGAUCCAGAAAACAUAAAGAAAGCGUUAAAAAGUUCUGCUUCACACUGCCGCUGUUACAGUAACAGAUCAGCGCCCGAGCAAAACUUUUACUCCCUUAGAAAACGUGAACUCGAGCGGUCACUCUGAAAUGCUCCGGGACGUUCAUCACCCACAAUGUUGCUGUAAUGCCGUUACUGGGCAGAAGAGGGCGCAGCUGCAUGUCGCAUGCAGUGAGGAGUAAGGGAGCCGGAGCCGGAGCAGGAGCAGGAGCAGGAGCAGGAGAGCAGCGCUGGACUGACGGAUCCACGUACAGAGGAGAGUUUGUGGACGGUUUGAAACAGGGAGGUGGGGUCUUCACCUGGGCCAGCGGAGAGGCAUAUGAAGGCUCCUUCUACAAGGAUUACCGCCAUGGGAGUGGAACAUACUCCUGGCCGGAUGGGUCGCGGUUCACUGGGAAGUUUUAUCUGAAUCGUAAAGAGGGAUAUGGGGUCCAUGUGUUCCCAGAUGGAACUACCUUUGAGGGUCUGUACCAUGCUGAUGAACGCUUUGGGCCUGGAGUGGUCACAUAUGGAGAUGGACGGCAGGAUGUGGGUAUAUGGUACAGACAGUGGCUGCUGCGUCUCUGCACAAGAGUAGAGGGAGCAUUCACGCUAAAGGCUGUCCCAGGUUACGCGGCCCGACUCCCAGAACAAGAAUGUCUGACCGAGACCCAAGCUGAGGGCCUCACCCACCCUUCCCUAAUUACAAGGCCCGGUACAGAAAACAAGCAAGUCCACUCAGUUGAUACAUCUCUGCUUGAUGACCCUUCACUGCUGGAGGACGAGUGGUUCAUUCUGCCGCCAGACAUCCACUGCUAUUCCAUCGACUCGGACCACCUGCCCAUAACUCGCCACUUGAGGCAAGAACUGGACCUGCACUUCUUUGGCAGGAGCGAUGUAAUCACACCAUCAUUCUCAGAAGGUCUGCCCGUGCAGCAGCGAAUAGAGGCCCAUGUCCACACACACAGAUUUGAGGCUGAAGGCCUGUGCUGGAACGUUGCUGCUGUCCUGGCUAUGAACAGGGAGCCAUUUGGGUCUAAGGGACCCCUGGAGCUCAGCUCAGAAAGACUCAUCAGAGAGGCAACCUUUGGUGACCCCUCAGCUGUACGCAAUGUCCUGCGAGCUGGAAACGUCCACCCUGAUGUUGGUGAUGCUGGAAGGUUCACUGCCCUCAUUGCUGCUACGGUGAACUGUCACGAUGAUGUGAUCCACUUGCUGCUGGACAGUGGGGCUGAUGUGAAUAAGCUGAAUGCUGAAGGCAUGUCCGCUCUGGCUGUGUGCGCCGUCCUCUACUACCCAUUCCAGUCUCUACAAGAGACAGUGGCUGAGAGGGGAUCUCAGAAAGACACCCCAAACCCAGAGAGAAGAGCCCCUUCAGGCACGCAUCAAGAGGAGUAUGUUGACCCCCUGAGAGAGAGGCAUGGACACAAAAGUGAUAGAGAAAUGAUCACAGCCAGCCAAAGUGACCAGGUGCAAUGUGAUGAUCCUUCAGCUGAGGGUUUCAGCAGAGCUGAGGACCCAAGCGCUCCAGAAAACACUGAGUGCACUGAAAGUCCCCAAAGAGCAGAGGAGGUUCAUCAAGAGGCUGAAGCUCAGGAGAGGUCUAUCCAGGUGCUAGACGGGAAAAACUCAGUUACUUUGAGCCAAGGAGAGGAUGAGGGUGCAGGCGCCCCUUCCGGAGAGCAAGAUCUGGAUCCGAGGAGCACAUCAGAGGAGAAAAGCUGGAGCGCAGUGGAGGAUCCUGCCUUUGACUCAGCUCUUUCCAUGGCUAGCUUUAGUGUGAACGUCACAGAGGACAUCAUGCAUCAAAUGGUAGAGGCCCUGUGCCAAGGAGGCCACGUGAAGCCUGCAAACACCCCUGAAACUGUCCGUAAGAUGGCGCUCAUGAAGACUGAACAUCAGGUCCGCUGGUCCACUCUGAAGCUUCUCCUGGACAGAGGGGCGGACCCCAAUGCCUCCAGCGUCCCUAUGCCUGUCAUCUUCCUGGCCAUUAAAGCAGGUCAUGUUGAGGGCGUGAAGCGGCUGCUGGAGUGUGGCGCUUGCACAGACUUGCCCUUACCCGCCGAGCUAAAGGGCCUAUACCCACUGCAUGUCGCAGCUGGUCUGCUUGGCCCGGAUGGGCCUAAGAUCACAGAACUGCUCCUGCAUGCUGCUGCGGACCCUGAUGUCAAAGCGCAAGAUGCCAGUGAGGUGUACGAACUGGACAAGAGUACAGCGGAGCCUCAGGCCGGUUCUGUGACCAGGUCCUGCCUGGACUCUGGACCCCCACCCUACACCUACACAACCACUGCAGAGAGCCCAGAGGAAGGGGGAAGGACUCCGCUUCAUGUGGCCUGUCAGAGAGACAGCGAUUACAUAAAUGCCAGAGAUGUGGUCUCCGUCCUUCUUUCCCACAAGGCGAGCACCAGCCAUCUGUGGAGCGGCCAUUCUCCCCUCUCGCUGGCCAUCGCCAGUGGCAACGACCUUGCCGUUGAUGAGCUUCUGGCCGGUGGAGCUGACCCUAAUCUGCCCCUCUCCCACGGUGUAGGCAGUGCUCUGUGCGCCGCCGCCAACUUCAGCUAUGACUUUGGGCCUCAUCUGCAUAACCGAAUCAAACUGGUUGAGAAGCUGACAAAGGCUGGUGCCAACAUCCUGAUGCCCGUGGAAGUUGGUGAAGGCCGCAGAAGCAGGCUUGGAACAGCAGUGGAUUACGCCCAUCACGCUUUUAAUCAGAACUGGCGUGUUGCCCACACACCGUACCACUCCCUAAACCAGCGUGAGAGAGAGGCCUACAAUGCACGCCGCCAGCUGCUCAACACCAUGGGCAAUCUACUGAGGAAGGCAGCCAUCAGCCUGGAGAAACAGCAUUUAGAAGCAGAGCAGAGCCAGGGCAUACGCGGUGCGAGUCCUGCAGGCAAGUUUGUGUUUACUGGAGCAGGAGCAACUCCUCCUGGAACCAGAGCAAGAGUGCAUCUCACUGCAGAACAGCACGGGACAACCCCAAAUGAUCAGAGAUCAGGGAGUAAAGACAAGACUGAGACUUUAACUGUGAGGAAACCUCUGUUUAAGUACUGCUACCAGUGUGGCCGCUCGGUGUGGGUGGUCUUGAUGGCCUGUAGCCGCUGCCACGAGGUGUUUUACUGCAGUAAGAUGUGCAAGAUGAAGGCCUGGAACGAGAGGCAUAAGGAGGAGUGCAUCCGUGUGCCAGGCCCUAGAAGUGCUGAGGGCAGGUAUUCCUCUGGUGAACAGCGACGCGCUCUUUCUGGAAAAAGCUCUGGACGAGGCCAAGAUCAUCAUCCCAGACUGGAUAAACCAAACUCAAUCAAGACAACGCCACACAGCCACCAGCAUGACCCCAAAGAAAAUUACAGCUUUAUUUGAGAUGUGAUACAAAGACUAUGUAGGUGAGAGAAAGACAUUUCAUACAGAGUCCCAUUAAACGUCAGCACGUCUGUAAAUACAGGGCAGUGGGCAAACUUUUGUGUUAUGGAUUUAUACGAUUUUUAAAAUAAAGCAUGGUGACGAUACAGAACCUGA